AUGUGCCAAUCGGUAGCCGUCGGUGGCGAUUUCUUAGGACUAGGCAGGAAAAGGAUUCGAUUCUCGUCUGUAAAAAGCUUAAUGCAAAGUGAUAUUGUUAAGAAGCUCAUUGAUGUCGCACCUAUCGUGAUUCCUAUUAUCAUAGCAUACUUUGAAGUGGUUGGGCUAUUUGGGAACAUCAACCUAAUCGCAGCGACAGCACGCCAUAAACAUCUUCGUACAAAACAUGGCAUAUUGUUAGCACUCACAACAUUCUAUCAAACAUUCUGCCUACUGGGAGAGUUGGCUAACGUUGCUGCCGCUGUUUUGGGUGGUUCACUGAAAAAACAGGACGUCUGUUUCUUAUUGAUGAUUCCCUAUAUCUGGUUUUGUUGUAUGCAAUCGACUAUGUUUCUGAUUCUCUCGCUUGAUAUGCUAUUUUCCGUCACACUACCACUCAAGCAUAUGGUCAUUCGGGAAUGGAUAUAUGCCUCUGUAGCCUCAAUUCCACCGAUCCUCUACGCUUCAUUGAUCAUAACAAUGAAUUCACUAGAAGUUCUAAUUGGGAAUAAACACAACAACACGGUAGUGGUGUGUAAUCCGUCGUUAUCAAUGGAUUCGGGAGUAGCAAACUUUUGGGUAAACUGGAACGCGUUUUCAAAUCUAGGCGUGCUCAUCGUAUAUUUUUCAGUUUACCUCCUCGUCAUGAAUAAAGAGAAGCAACAACAGAAACUUGGAAGAGUGAUGACGAAUGCUGGAGAAAAACAGGCAGAUAAACAGCAACGGCAAUCUUUUCCGCUACGGAAAUCACUCUCACUGAAUUCACUGAAUGCCCAAGUCAAAAAAGCAGUCGAAGGAAAAAGGACCCUUAUUUCUCUCAUGUGGUUAAUGGCAAUCUUCACGUUAACGUGGUGCACAUGUAUGUUUUCUCAAGGAAUAGUUUCGUGGAUGCCUCCAUCCGACAUCAAAAUAUUUGUGGAGGCUUACUCGAUCAUAUUCGCGAUGAUGUCAUACUCUGUCAACUACUAUGUUUACUUUGCGAGAAAUCCCACUUAUCGGAAAGCAUUUCUCCAGCAGCUGGCGUGUUUACUACCGAAAAGGAUUUGGAAUACGAACUUUUUGAGCAACACCACUCGCACUCCCAGAAACGUGAAAGCGAUUGCUCAUAGCCUUUCAAUGCCCUCUACAUAUCACCGUCAAAAUAAACCUGGAAUGACGCGGCAGAAUGACACCAACAGCAGCUGCAGAUUUGAAAUUGGAGGAGUUUAG